ACGAUACUGUGUUGUUUCUGUACGUUUGCGUCAGUCGUGCGGUUCAUACUCGAUCGAGGUGAUUCGUGAAAGGCGUCGUUGCAUUAAAGCAGGAAUAAUCAGGAUACGAAAGUUAUAAACGCAGCUAAAGCGUAUUCGCACUCAUGGCACGUACUAAGCAGACGGCUCGUAAAUCAACGGGUGGAAAAGCACCCAGGAAGCAACUCGCCACCAAAGCGGCGCGUAAAAGCGCGCCGUCCACUGGAGGCGUCAAGAAACCUCACCGUUACAGGCCUGGUACUGUAGCUCUGAGAGAAAUCCGAAGAUAUCAAAAGUCAACGGAGUUGCUCAUCAGGAAAUUACCUUUCCAACGUCUGGUUCGUGAAAUCGCUCAGGAUUUCAAGACCGAUCUGCGUUUUCAAAGCGCUGCAAUCGGAGCUCUGCAAGAAGCAUCGGAAGCGUAUCUGGUCGGCCUGUUCGAAGACACGAAUUUGUGCGCCAUUCACGCCAAACGUGUCACGAUCAUGCCAAAAGAUAUACAGCUCGCGCGACGAAUUCGCGGUGAACGCGCUUAAAUCAUUCGCGAUUACGCGAAGCAUUCUCACUUUAUUAUCAUUUGGACAUUGUAUGUUUCUGAACGAUCUAAAAACUUUUUGACUCUCUUCCGUGUAUGUUUAUCAUAGUUAACACACUGCCAACCACUGUAAUAGAAGCAUCAGAAAGACACGAAGAAUAAGUGAGUCUUAGACUUUAUAAUUCGAUGAAAUAUGAUCAUGAUUCAUACAAUGAGGAGGAUCUAAAGAUUAAAGAAAGUGAUAAUAUAUUUGUUCGUAAUCAAAGAGAAGUCAAAAUUAUUAUUAGAUUUUUAUGUUUGGGUAUCUAGCAAAAAUAAUAACAUGCAACAAUAUUUUAUAUAGAUCUCGUGUGUAUUUUUUCUUUUUAUAGAGUACAAGAUAUUAAUGAUUUACUCUAGAACAUUAAUCAUCUUGCUUUAUGGGGGCUGGCAACUUUCAUUCAAAUGUAAUUCUUUACGUACAAAAAUUUUUAUUACUGAUACAUUAACAAUAUGUACUUUCAUAUAAAGGGAUAUAUCUACAUGUCAAGAAGUUAUAGGGCAGAAACAAGUAGUUUAUUAGUUGUUUAUUGAUAAUACUAUGCCACAUAUAGUUCGAUUUGCAUUUAGUCCUCACACAUUAGAAUUUUAAAAAUUUGUCUGUAGUUGAUAUCUUAUAUAUACGUACAUAUAUAUAUAUGUAUAUAUGUGUAUAUAUGUAUAUGUAAGUAUAUGUAAGUAUAUGUAAGCUUAGGAAAAAUAAGUAAGUGUUUUAUGUAACCCUAAGAAAUUCAUUAAUAAACAUAUAAAUACACAUCAAUAAUACGUUACUGAAAGCGCGACAAGAGGUCUGCAGCUGGUAUUUUACAAGACUAUAUUUUAUUCGCAGAGAUUUAUAUAUCAGACUAUACACUUGAUUAGAGUACAAAAAAUGCGAUUUAUUUUAACAUUUAUUUCGUUACAAAUCGAUGCUGUUUAUUAGUUACUCGAGAACUUUUUGUUUCGAGUGCAGCCCUCUUCUUGAGUUUGCAAUUGUAGAUUAUAAGUAUCGUAACUAUACUAUCCUUAUACAAGAUAUGUAAUUGUAACAUUAUCGUUGCAAAAUACAUUUUCUAAUAGAUGUAAUGAAA